UAUAAUGCCUAAUCCAACGCCAAACCGCCGCCCUAUACUGCGCCUCUACAGCUUUUUGCUAGCAUGCUUGUUUCCGAUCGCUUUCGCCGUUGACGCGCCAAUAUACAUUUCCACACCUUCAGAAAUUGCAGCAGGCACGCCUGUGGAAGCCAGUCUUAGUGCCGAAGUGCACAAUGGCGAUACUACUUGGCGCAACUCGUUCCGCAUAUACUUGGGAUCUUCCUAUCGGGAUAAGCCUCACUACUUCUACCGCUCCGAUUGUACGCAUCAUGAGACCUGAACGCGGCCACUUUGCUGAUAUCCCUUGCCUCGUAGGCUACCUGAUCCACGAACAGACUCUAUGCGACCCUCUCGUCGAGAUUGACAGCAGCUAUGUUUCAUUCAAGAACACCACCUUCAGCGUAACCAUUCCCACGACUGUUGGGCCUUCCGGCAAACACUACGUUCUUAUGGCGCGCAUACUCAACACCGACGGCUCGUACUACGGCAGCUCACUCGAAUCGGACGUGUUCGAAUUGACCGGGGCUAAUGGGACUUGGGCUGGGUAUCAGACGGAAGGGUACACGCUCUGGGGGGAUGAUGGGACCGCUUGUAGUGGCUUCGCAUGCGUAAAGAAUUGCUCAGAUGCUGCUGCAAACAGGCUGGGAGCGCAGAACACGACCGACUACGAGAAUUGCGCCAACAUCUGUCCCGACGUUAGCAUCGAUUUCGAGAAUUCAACGAGAGGAGGGCAGCCUACAGCAUCGCUCACCACUCCUUCGCCAUGUGCCGCCCUGCCAUCUACUAGUGCGACUACGACGCCCGAUGUAACGGGCAUUGAUUCAGCCCCAACCGUCACGAGAUCGCGGAGCGCGGCCGCUGCCGCAGGCACAAGCGCAGCUUCGACGGAACGGGAACAGCUGAGACCAUGCCUGAUUGGCCUGAUAUCCUUCGCAACUGUUUACCUUAUUGGCUGAAAUACGUUUAUUCGCUCGGCCGCCCUCUCGCUGUUUCGU